AUGGAUCCUACGUAUCGCGAAAAGCUUACAUAUUCACUGAGCCUAUAUCUCAUGGAAGCAUUCAAUGGAGAUAGUCAUUGUUACCAUAGUGUUAAGGCCCACGUCCCGGUAGAUCUUAGCCUCGACAACAAGAUUGAAGAGAUUCUCGCGGUUCUUGACCCUGAGGACUUCUUGAGCCAAGCCCUCCGAUAUUACAAGCACUGCAGUUUGGACCCCAAAGGACAUCAAACCGAGAGACGUAUCCUUGAGAUCCAACACCGCCUGGACGAUGAAUACGGCCAAUUCUUAAAGGACAACAAUCUGUUGGAGUACACAGCACAUGAUAAUUGGCUUGAAGGGGCGCUCAAGGCUCCUCUCGAGGGAAGAACGCGAUGGAGACGUGCUUUUUAUGCCAUUGACAGCGGAAUAGAAGAAUUGACUGGUGUUCCGCAAAAGCCUCGCCCAAAGGACUCGGAAUUGCUUACAAUCUGCCCUGCUACAAUUGAGAGCAGCUUCUCGAUUCUCAAGCCCUUUGACUAUACAGAGCGAUAUUCACUCCACUACAUUUCUCUGCGCAAGUAUUCAAACAUGGCACACAAGGACGCAGAUCGCGAGGCACAGAGUCGGCUCGAUGACUACAAAGCGGAACAUUUUGAAAGGAUGCGCGAAGAGUCGAGACAGUUGCUUCAGUGGGAAGAACGGGAGAAGGUUAGGGAUUGGAAAUACUGGACAAAGAUAAAGCACAACCCUGAUGAAGAUAUGUCUGAAGAGGACGAGUCUGAGGAUGAAGAGCCUGAGGAUGAAGAGUCUGAGGAUAAAGGGUCGGAAGAUGAAGGGUCGGAAGAUGAUGGGUCUGAAAAUGGUGAGACAGAGGGCGAUGGAGCAUCCAGCUUGGCAGGUAUGGAGAUAGAUUUGCCGGAACCCACCAGUGAAGAUCUCACUACUCAGAUCUCAGUGCUUCAGAUUUCUGGCAAAAAGUCAAACGGCGAAGGUGGCGGGUUGACAAAGACAGCUAAGAAGCGUCCUUUCGACGAUAGCGACGACACUGAUGAUGCAGCCGCGUCUGGUUACAAACGCGUAAAAGUUGAAGCUUGGCGAGCACGCUUUGAUAAGUAUGGAUGGAUGUGA